AUGGCCGAACAUCCUCGCAGUGAAACGCCGGAUUCUGACGCUGGCCAUGGUGAAAACAGCGUCAAUGGUUCGACCACGGAUGGCCAGCCAUCACGCAAGCGGCAGCGCGUGCGGCUGAGCUGCCUCGAAUGCCGUCGGCGAAAGCUCUCGUGCGACCGUGGCUUCCCGUGCGAGCGCUGCAUUAAGAGCGGCACGCCGGAUCGCUGCAGCUACGAGGCGCGCAAUGGCGAGGUCGUCAGUGCAGCCUCCGGCGUCCCUCCCCCGUUCGCGCAGCUCGAUCAUCGGAGGUACGGCCUGGGCGACUCCGUCUCCCCUCGCGAGUCCGAUGUCAUCCGACAGGAUCACGACCGCAUUCGCAAGCUGGAGCUGGAGCUGUCCCAGCUCAAGAACCUCCUGCAGCGCCAGGUGGGCUCCGCCUCGCUCGAUGGAAGCACCAUCGCCGCAGCCAGCUCGCCCGGCACGCAGAAGGACGACGUCAACGGCGCGGACCCUUCCACCAGGCCAGAGGUCCAGGAAUGCAUCGAGGCCAGCAAGAUCAAUGCAGCAGGCGACACGGGUGAGCUGCGCUUCUUCCGAGGCAAGAACUUCCGCACCCGCUACUUUGGUCCGCACAAUGCCAGUAUGGCCUUUGUCGAGCUGAAAGGAUUGUCGCCCUUUAUGAGGGAGACCGCAGAUGAAUGGCUACGUCCUGUGAUCAUUCACGACCGCAAGGACCGUAAGCGUCGGCAGGAAGGGCGUGAACACAUGUUCGCCCAACCCGACGCGGAAUUGGAAUCGUUGCUCCCCGCGCAGGAAGAGGCCGACGCUCUCAUCCACGUCUACCUUGACCAGUUUGAGCAGGUCCAUCGGAUUGUCCACAUACCGACGUUCAAGAAGGAGUACGCACAGUUCUGGGUGCCAGGUUCGGGGCAGCGCCACGCUGCCUUUACCGCUCUCAUUUUGUCCAUGAUGGCUGUCGCGAGUUGCGUCCAUACUCACCCUGAUCUUAAGUUCAUCGGCAUGAAGUCUAGUGCACGUCAUUGGGCCGAGAAAUGGAUUUGGGCUAUUGACGCUUGGCAAUCCAAGCAGAGCCAGAAGCAUCGCAGACUGAUCCACUACCAGGUGGCCUGCCUUCUGUAUCUGGGCAAGCGUGUCAACACCAUCAAGAAGAAGCGCUUCUGGACGGGCUCGGGGGCUCUGAUACAGGAUGGUGUUGCGGUUGGCCUCCACCGCGAGCCCAGCCACAUGGGCGGCAAGAUCGACGCGUACAAUCAGGAAAUGCGCCGUCGCAUCUGGGCCACGAUCCAGGAGUUUGACAUGCAGGCUUCCUUUGACCAUGGCCUGCCGACACUCCUCAGCCAAUUGCAUUACGACACCAACCCCCCACAGAACCUCGACGACGAGGACUUUGACGAUACGACGACAACCCUGCCGCCGUCGAAGCCGGACACAGAGUACACAUAUUCGUCAUUCCAACACUUGGCUCGCCAAAGUUUACAGCUACGGCUCGAGCUCAGUCGUCUACUCACCGGACCCGCUUCGGUGAUCGACUAUGACCAGGUUAUCCGGUACACGAACGACCUCACGCACGAAAUCGACGCCCUGCCGUCAUGGGACAUGAAUGUGGACAACACCAAGUGCAAGAAGAACCCCAUGACUGCGUACACGCUGCUUCACGUCCAGCUCCGACAGUACAUCAUUCCACUCCAUCAGCCGUAUCUCAAGCUUCGCAAGCAGAACUCCAAGUAUCAGUACUCUGAGAUAAUCUACUAUAACGCAGCACGAGACAUUGUACUUUUGCACGACAAGCUUUACGAGCAGGGGAUUCGGGCGCUCAACUUUCUGCGAGAGGACGCGUUGACCACAGCCAUCAACCUGUGCAGCGUCACAAUGCUACAGCCCCGCGGAUCGACGAACAUGAUCAUGAUCAACUCGCAGCACACCGUCAAGCUCAUUGAGAAGUGUCUCGCCAUGAAGGAAGACCGGCUCCUGCGCUGCGGCAACAACGAGCCUUGGGGAUACUGCAUCAUGUGUGCCGCUCUCGGCUUGCUGGAGGCUCAUCUGGGGACAAAGACCUCGGAAGUCGCAAAAUCCACAUCCGCCGAGCGAUUCGUCACGCUGCACCAGAAGCUGCUCGCCAACCAAGAGCCAACGCUGUCCGAGGAGAUGCCAGGGGCCAUGGGGCCGCCGCUCGAUGUUCCCGGGCAGCUGGGCGGCCCGGCCAAUUUGGACAAGCCUAUUACACCAUUUCCAUUUACCCCCACGAUGAGCGCUGCAACAUUGGAUACCGGCAAUAUGCCCUGGUUGAUGCCAAACGACCAACAAGCGCAACCGUUCAACAUGGACCCCAGUCUGGAGCUGUUGGGCUUGAAUCUCAACGAACUCUGGGGCGAUUCAUGGGAACUGGGUUGA